AUGCCGAAUUCCCUGGCUGGUGGCCACGUCAGUCCCCUGACCCUGGACGCGUUUGGCCUGGAGGAGCAGAGUCUAGGAGAUGCAGGUACCAGGAGCCCAGCCCCCGUGUUGGCAGAGGGAGACAUGGACCCCUGGGCCCUCCCUCAGCUGAAGGACACUGGCCGGCCCUGGCGAGAGCUCAGCGCGGCCGGCAGGCUGCUGCGGGCGCUCCUUGGCUUCCUCAAGGCCUGUGGGCUCCUGGGAGGUCUCUACGUGUUCAUCUGCUCGCUGGACAUCCUGAGCUCGGCCUUCCAGCUGCUGGGUAGCAAGGUGGCCGGAGACAUCUUCAAGGACGACGUGGUGCUGUCCAGCCCUGUGGCCGGGCUGGUCAUCGGAGUGCUGGCCACGGUGCUCGUGCAGAGCUCCAGCACGUCCUCCGCCAUCGUGGUCAGCAUGGUGGCCUCCAAGUUGCUGACCGUCCAGGCGUCUGUGCCCAUCAUCAUGGGCGUCAACGUGGGCACGUCCAUCACCAGCACCCUGGUCUCUAUGGCGCAGUCAGGGGACCGGGAUGAGUUUCGGAGGGCCUUUGGUGGCUCCGCCGUGCACAGCAUCUUCAACUGGCUCACGGUGCUGAUACUGCUGCCGCUGGAGAGCGCCGCGGCCCCGCUGCAGACGCUCAGCGCCCUGGCCCUGGGGGCCGCCCGCCGGCAGGCCGGCGGGCACGCUCCGGACAUCCUCAAGGUGCUGACCCGGCCGCUCACACACCUCAUUGUGCAGCUGGACACAGGCGUGCUAGCCAGCAGCGCCGCGGGCAACGCCACCAACGGCAGCCUCCUCAAGCGAUGGUGCGGCGCCCGGGAGACGACCCCAGGGAACAACAGCAGCCGCCACGGAUCGGCCGCCUCUGGCCCCGACCCUCAGAGGAACGGCUCGGCCGCCACGGAGCCACUGCCCUGCCGCCACCUGUUCGCGGGCACCGCGCUAACGGACCUGGCCGUGGGCCUCGUCCUGCUGGCAGGCUCCCUGCUCGUCCUGUGCUCCUGCCUGGUCCUCGUCGUCAAGCUGCUCCACUCCAUGCUGCGCGGCCGCGUCGCCCGGGCCGUGAGGGCCGUCAUCCACGCUGACUUCCCCUUCCCGGUCCGCUGGCUCAGCGGCUACCUGGCCAUCCUGGUGGGCGCCGGCCUGACCUUUGUGCUCCAGAGCAGCAGCGUCUUCACAGCGGCCGUUGUGCCGCUCAUGGGGGUUGGGGUGAUCAGCCUGGAGCGGGCGUACCCCCUCUUACUGGGCUCCAACAUCGGCACGACCGCUACGGCUCUGCUGGCCGCCCUGGCCAGCCCCGCCAACGUGCUGCUCAGCGCUCUCCAGGUCGCCCUCAUCCAUUUCUUCUUCAACCUGGCUGGCCUCCUGCUGUGGUACGUCGUGCCCGCCCUGCGGCUGCCCAUUCCGCUAGCCAAGCGCUUCGGGGACCUGACCGCCCGCUACCGCUGGGUGGCGGUCGCCUACCUACUGCUCAGCUUCCUGCUGCUGCCGCUGGCCGCCUUCGGGCUCUCCCUGGCGGGGGGCACGGUGCUGGCCGCCGUCGGGGGGCCGCUGGCGGGGCUGGCGCUGCUCGCCGUCCUGGUCCACGUCCUGCAGCGGCGACGGCCGGCCUGGCUGCCCCGCCCUCUGCGAUCCUGGGCCUGGCUUCCCCUCGGGCUCCGCUCGCUGGCGCCCUGGGACCGCCUGGUGACCCGCUGCUGCCCGUUGCCCACUCCCACCAAGGAAGCCCGCGGCCACGAGAACCCCGAGAUCCUCGCCUCCCAGCAGUUGUGA